GAGAUUUUUCUUUAACUUUCUUUAAAAAAAUCUAAUUAAUGUUUUUUAUUAAUAUUAUUAUUGAAUGCAUUGGGGUCUACAAAAGUUGUUAAGUAGGGCCCCUAGUCCAAAAGCCCAACUGACAUAUUCCACAUAUACUUUGGGGCCCAUCUAUUGAAAAUACCAAACUGUGUUCCAAGUCAUAGAAAAUCAGAAAGUUUGAACAUGAUCAUGAACCGAAGCGUAAAGUGGUUGCCUGCCUCUUCACAUCCAUGGCAAAACGUCGACGUGCCAACCACAACCAAUGGGCCCUUUACGAACCUUUCAAAACUUCCUUUACACUUAACCAAAGCCCACCACCUUUUCCUCCUCCGCUCACUUCUUACUCCUCCUCCACUACGUUACGCAUAACCAUGUCUCUUCUACUACGCUCCGGCAGUGAAUUGCACCUCACUGCGCCACCUCCAUCUCCCAUCCCCACCGGAAAAGGAUCUCGCUGUGCUGCCAAUGAGAUCUUAUGCGAUUACCUUGGCAAGUCCUUAAAUGUCCCUGAACUUUCCCUCCCUGACCCUCAGCUUCCGCUCAAUGACGAAGCUCAUCAGAUUCCAGCAGAAAUCGAUUACCGAUCCUUGGAAUUGAAUGAUUGUGAAACUAUUGAUCGCCUUUUGAGGUCGGCCAGGGAAUUUGGUGCUUUCAUGAUAACCUGCCACGAGAUUUGUGCUGAGAAGUUGCAAUCGUUGGCCAAUGAAGCCGAUCGAGUUUUUGGAGAUUUAGAACAGGAAGAUUUGGGAUUUCGAGGGAAGUCUUUUGAGCGCAUCAAUAACAAGGAGCGGAUUGCGUGGGCUCGUUCCGGGAAGGGAAGAAUCAAAUACGAGCCAGAGUACUUCGUGCCCGAAAGAUGUCGGGAUUUUAGUGAAAAGAUGGAGAAUAUUGCUAUCAAACUUGAUUAUAUUGCUGAGCUAUUGGGUAAAGUUUUCGUUGAAAACAUCGCUAGAACACAAUUUGGAAAAAGAAUCCAAGGGAAAGAGUCUGCCCUCAGCUUAUGUAGAUACGACCACAAUGAUAAUUAUAUGAAACAAAAUCCAUCUUCCCCGAAUGAGAGGAACAGCAAAACUUGUGACUUUACUUUCUGCCUUCACCUUCCUGCAACACCAUCUCGAUUUCUUCUCCCGUCAGCACAAGGCCGUUUGUCUUUAGAUGCAGGGCCAGACACCAUCCUUGUCGUUGUAGGACACCGUAUUGAGGACUGGAGCAUGGGGGAUUUCAUAUGUGCCUGUGAGGAAGUAGCCUGUGUGCCUCGCUUCCAAGGAAGCCAACCUCCUCUCUUUAUAGAGCUCAAGUGCUUUUCUUUAAAUUUUGAUCCUAAUUCCGGCAAAAAUUGUAAAACAAUCUCAAUUAGGGAUCAAAUUCUGUUUGUGCUAUUUAUUGCUUUCUUAUACAGAAGUUUUACUUUUCUAUUUUCAUGACUUGCAAGAGUAGAAGCACGUUCAGAGCAGCAUAGUCAGCUGAUAACUCUUUUUUUACACAAGUAUGUACAGUUUGGAGAGUAUGGUUUGCAUGAGUGUAAGUUUGUUGUGAGGAAAUAUUACAUACACAAGUUAAGCUAUAGUUUGCAAAAAUAAAACCUUAAAAAAAAAAAGAGCUUGUAAUAAUCUUUGGAGAAAUGAGCAUAUGCUCACUCUCAUACAUUCAAUUGUAUUGUACAAAUCUUAUAUAUGAAUGAAUAUAUAUAGUUUCUUUCUUAA